AUGUCUUUCCUCCCUUCCAUUCGCACUGGUUCCUGUCGCCUUGCACAGUCCAGCUAUGUCAUCCGCUCAGCUUCUACAUUCCACACUACAUCAGCUCAGAGAAGCCUGAAGGCCGGGGAAAGUGAUAAGAGUAAAGAUGCUCAGUUGAAAAAGGCUAAGGAAGGCAAGGCUCAAUGGAACGAUACUCUGGCUAGUGAUAGUGAAGCUGAGAUCAAGGCUGAUCGUGGAGAACACGGUACUACUGAUAAGGCCUUCCAACAGACUGAGAAGAAGAUCAAGAAGCAAAAGUGA